AUGACUUUCAGAGAGAUAGACAUAGCCGGUCAAACACUUAAAAUCCACGAACUCGGAGACGUGUAUGACUCUUUAACGGGUCGUGCAUUCACCGGGUCAUGGAUUUGGGACUCAGCCUUGCUACUCUCUCGGUGGCUCGCGACUUCUCAGUUUGAUUUGCGAGACAAGUCCGUCAUCGAGCUCGGCGCGGGAGCCGGACUGCCAGGCUUGACAGCGGCACUACUUGGCGCCAGUCGAGUCUUGCUAACGGACAUCGCGCCGCUGCUCCCCGGCUUAGUAAAGAACGUUGAAGCGAACGAAUUGGAAGACCGAGUCGAGGUGAGGGAACUCGUUUGGGGAUCGAAGGAGUCGCUGAGUCGAAUAGGAGAGUUGAGGCGAUUCGACGUCGUGCUGCUGAGUGAUGUGUUUUUUGACCUGGAGGAGAUGGCGGCGCUUGGGCGGACGUUGAAGAAGGUGUCUGGGAACAAGACCAGGGUUUUGGCGGCGAGCGAGGUGAGGUUUUGGACAGGUGAGUGCUUAAAUGAGUUGGUGAGUCAGGGUUUCAAAGUUGUAGAGGUGCCGAUUCAAGAGGAUGGGAGUGACGGUGGAAGGGAUAUCUUUGCAGUGUACAACAUAAUCCCGCCGGAUGAAGAGGAUUGCCAUAACAACAUGUCGGGCUCAUAA